AUGGGUGGCGGAGAUUUGAACUUGAAGAAAUCGUUCCAUCCCGGCCUGCGGCGGAACCAGCAAGCCGUCUACGAUGAAGAACAAAAGGCACUCGCCGAGCGCAAACGCACUCAGCAACGCAUCAAUGAGAUCAAAGAGGAACGCGCCAAAGAAGAUCUCCAGAGGCAGCUGGAGGCGGCGGGAGGCAAGAAGAGGGUAGAUCGCGUCGACUGGAUGUACCAAGGCCCUACAGAUGGCCAGGCCGGCACAACCGAAGAGACAGAGGCCUAUCUGCUGGGAAAGAGGAGAAUCGACAACCUCAUCAAGGGCAACGACAACAAGAAGCUCGAGAAGGCUGCUGGACAGGAGAGUUUCAUUGCGCUGCAGAAUGCCAACAGCGCGCGCGACACGGCGGCCAAGAUCCGUGACGAUCCUCUGCUGGCCAUCAAGCGCCAAGAACAGGCCGCGUACGAGGCAAUGAUGAACGACCCGAUCAGACGCCGCCAGCUCCUCUCAUCGAUGGGCGUA